AUGAUUAAUGAAAAAUUUUUUCAUAUCAAACCUAAUAAUUCCAAUAAACUUUAUUAUAACAUAUGUGAAUCACAUUUUGUUAAGCAUGCCUCUAAUGCAAAUUUAAGAAGACAUUUUACUAAAUAUUAUAAAAAGGAACUUGACGAUUUUGAUAUUAAUAAUAUUUCAUCCGAACUCACAAGACUUGAAAAAUCUACAUCUUAUGAUGAAGAAAUUAGUGAUACCAGUUCCAUUUCGAAUAUUUCUCAUAAAAAUAAUAAUUUUAUUAAAGGAUUAAUGAAAGGAUUUGAUGGACAAGGAGAAAUUGAUAUUAUUAAUGAAUAUCAAUUUCAUGAAAUUCAUAAAUUUCUCGCUAAAUGUCUUGGUCAUGAAGAAUAUAAUAAUUUUUUCAAUGAAUUCAAUACUAAAUUAUCUCAACAAAAAACUUUUAAAGAACUUGGAUUCGUUACAGAAGAUAAUUUACAAAAAGAAACUUCUCAAUCUUUGGUCCUCUCCUAUAAUAAUAAAGAUAUUAUCAUAAUUUCUGAUACUGAAAUAAACUAUUCUAAAAUUAUUGACAUAGAAAGUGAUUCUUCUGAUGGAAAUAAUAGUUUUAAUGAUUAA